GCACACGUGCGAUGGCCAUGCGCGCGUGAGCCAGCGCAACCCCAUGACCGGUAUUGAACGCAAGGCCCACAUUGGAUGGCCGCUGGCCAAGUCAUGGAUCCUUCGACUUUUGAUUGUCCUUCCAUUUUCAGUGUCAGCCAGCUCCCUUAGACAGCGCCGUUCCAUUGGAUUAGCUCAGGCCACGCCAAGCGGCAAUGGGACGAGCGCCACGAACACGACUGCCACGAACACGACCGCCACAAAUACAUCGGAUAAUUCCAGUCUGCAGAACAUCAUCCAGAACGGCCUAGUUGACAACAAGAUCAGCACCUUGUACUGGGCAGAAGUGGAUCGUGCCAUCACUGCUGCAGCCUUUGUCACGCCCAAGCCGCACUCGGUGAACGAUCCCGGGCCUACACCAACGCCUGAUCCGUACUCGGCCAUUUUGGACGUGUCCACCGAGAGCGAUCCAUCCGCCUUGGGCGCUGGGACCAUUUUUGGUGCCUCUUCGGACUCUGCAGCGCAGGGCUUGUCCGGCUACGCCAAUUAUGAGCUGGUGACACCGCCUCCACCAUUCCCAGAGGUCAAGCAGAGUCCCAAGGUUGGCGUGCUGCCUUACCAGAUGGCCUUGGGAGCUGAAUUGUUGUAUGGCAUGUCGGAGAAGGUUACUCCUCAACCACUGCCCGCGCAGGAGGAAGUGGAUGCGUCCUUCGCCUCGCAGUGUCCAAUGGUGAUGCUGUCCAACGAAGUCUUCGUCACGCCUCCCUGUGAAGGGGGUGACGGCUUCGGCACGUGGACCGAUUCCUUGAAGCCGCGGAAGAUGUUGAGGUGGGCCGUCAACAGCCGUGGUGGCAUAGACUUCAACGUGGAUUCAGCAGUCACCGGACCCGGCAGUGUGAACUUUGCUACCUUGUCGGAGAAGAUGACUUUGACCAAAAACAUCUUCGAACUGUAUAGCUGUAUGAAUGUGCUCCGAUAUAGCAUCGAGGAGACGGUGGUGAAGGUGGAUCACAUGGCCCAAGCGGCCCAGUCCACUGCCUCGGACCACGAUCUCGGAGAGACCUCUGUGGCCGUCUUCUACCAGUAUUUGAUUAGGCAUGCCAAUGGCUCUCUGAUGGCGCAGACGAGCCAAUAUCGCCUGCCAGAAACAGAUAUCAAUUUCACAUCCUUUGUCCCCGGCAGCUUGCACAGCGAAACAUUCGCAAUCGCGAGACGUCAUGGUCGAUGGCAAGGAACUGACUGGCGGCAGUGUACCGAUCCGCAGCAGGGAUGGAACAUCUCCUUCCCGACCCACAAGAGCAGCAAUCUGGUAGCUAUUGCCACGGUUCAGGACCUGCAAGUGGCUGCUGCGGCAGUGUUGACGUUAUUGGCCUGGCGUGAAGAAAAAGUCAGUGCUGAUGGCUUUCAACAUGCAGGCGUGGUCCCGGAACUGUCUACAAGUUUUGGUUUCGUAUGA